UAAAAAAACAUUUUUUACUAAACUUAGUAGAUUUUUUAAUCUAAGCUGGUAACCCUGGCACUGUGGCGGCCAUUUUUUCCGCGUUGACAGUCAUUCAAAGCGAGCUACGAACGGACGACGCACGUGGCCAGUGAUUCAGCGAAACAAUACUCCUUAUUUGUUACCGAAAAACUCUGUGGAAGAAUGCCGUUAACUCCGGCAGAAAAAAUGCAGCGAUAUAGGGAGCGGUUGAAAGAAAAUCCCGAAAAAUAUGAAGAACAAAGAAAGAAAAACUUGCGAAGACUGAAAUCUAAGUACAAGUAUAAAAAAAUUACUGAGUUGACAGAUAACGAAAAAGAGAUCCAACGAAAAAAAUGGAGAGAGCAAAAGAAAAAGACAUCAAAAGAUACUCCUGCACCGGCAGUUGAUGUAAUAAUCCCAAUAAUAAAUGAGCAGCGAUCUGAUGAGAUAAAACAAAUGAGGACAACUAUUAAGCGUAUUACCAGAGGUAGAGAUAGGUACAGAAAUAAUCUGAAUUAUGCGAAUAGUCGUAUUGCUUAUUACAAACGACUGACAGAAAAUUUAAGAAAGAAGAUACAGCGAAUGAAAUCAGAACAUACCAAGAUGGAAGAACAUCUGAAAGCAAGAAAUGAAGUAUUGGAAGUUUCACUCAAGAAUGCUUAUAAACAAUGCGCAAGUUACAAAGAAAAGGAUGUUUUCAAGACAAUUACUAACGACGAAGCGGUAAAAGAAAACAGGGCUAAAUCUGCGGUUGGUCAAGCAUUGGGUCUCAAAGGACGCAUACGUAAAACACAAAAGACAAUCAAGGUUCCGAAAUUACAACCAUCCAUAGUUAAAUUCUUUUUACGAGAUGAUAUAACCCGAGCCACCGCCGGUAAAAGAGAAUGUAGAACUAAAAACAAAAAGAAAAGACAAAUUAGACUUCUAAACAAUACAUUGCAAGGUCUUUAUACAAAAUAUAAAAAAGAAGGUGGUUUGGCUUCAUUUACCACUUUCUGCAAGUACAAACCUUUUUACAUUUUGGGUCCAACGCUCAAAAAUUGUAAUACGUGUUUGUGCGUCAAACAUAGUAACAUUAACUUCAAAUUUAAUGCUUUAAAACGAGCUGGAGUUUUCAAUCAUAAAGAUAUGACUGCCCUUUUAGAAUCAGUUGUUUGUGACAUCAACAAAUAUGAGUGUAUGUAUGAAAAAUGUAAAAACUGCAAAUCUAAAUCACUGCCAUACAACUCAGAGCAAUACGUACCGUCCGAGGAAAUCUCUUGGUUAAUGUGGGAACUGGUUGAUCAUAAAUACAACAAAAAAAGUGCAGAAGGCCCCACCCGGUAG